GCAUGAUCUGGAAUAGGAGCCAAUCGGAACACUCCAUGAUGAGCCUUCCCACCACGCCGCGAUAAGCGGCACAAUAUAUAUACUACCGGGACUAAGUCGUGUUAACUCGCACUGGUUGGACUACUACCAUGUUUACACCUCCUACCUCUAUUAGCAAAACCCGGGACGCCUGCGACAGAUGUCAUUCCAAAAAGCUCCGGUGCGAAGGAAAUGGGCAGUCUUGCACCAGAUGCGCGCAGGCAGGCUCAGCAUGUAUCUUCAGCCCGCGUCAAGCGUACAACAGUUCGAAUAGGCGGCGGCGAGGAGCGGAUGCACCGAGGACCGCAAGGAGAUGUUCAACCAGCAUUUCAACGCGUUCUACAUCACAAGAGCCGCCCAAUUGGACAACAACAAACCUGGGGACGCUUUUGACUCCCACCUCGGACACUGUUAUCCUGCCACUGCCACGGGACGAAGGGAUCGACUUCUGGAAUCAUGACGACUCGGGUACGGCAACAACUAGCGCGUUCUCAGACAGUGCCCAAGAAGUUAAUCACAUCUUACCAACAGACGCGUUUGGGUCUGGUGCGACCAUAUUUCCUCGUGCGCGUAGCACGAUUGUAGAAGCCACGCUCUCUUCCGUGGUCCACGACAUCUUCCACAACCUCGGUACACUCCGACUAGAAUUUAGAGCACUUGACGGAUCUAUACAGUAUCCGGAAGUGUAUGCGCGUAUCUUCCAAGUAUCACAAGCCUUUGUACAAAUACUAAAGGACGUCGAAACCCAGGAUGCUCCAUUUCUCGAUCCCAAGGAUCGUACUUGCGCUGAAGUGGAAGACGCAGAUAUCGUCUGCACAAUGUCUUGCUUUCUGAAGCUUUUGACAGGCUACGAUCGGAUCUUUACAUUUUGGCUCGAUUUGAUGACUAGCUCCCUAGAAGACGCAACUGUGAAGGCGACAUUCCGCCACACAAUCACUCACUUGUUACCGACUGUAUCCAUCGGCUCUUUUGUAGCUCCGCCUUGCUAUCUAUCACAGCUGUGUCUGGUUCUCGACGUAGCCGGCCGCAUGUACGACGAGUUCCAGGACGGGCUCAGGCGCUUUGCCAAGACACUCAACGAACGUGAUCGUGCGAUUUCGAUGGAGCGCAUUUCAUAUGUAUUUGAUACGACUACUGAGCUAGUCAUAGGUCGCGAAAGAUCAGUCGCUCUAAAAAAGCAAAAGGUGCUGGAAUGUUCACGAGAUGAGGGUCUGAAGAGGCGUUUCGAUACGACGCUCGUAUACUUGUCUAUCUUUUCCCUGGCUCAUAUGGAAAGAGCAUGAACCGCCAAGCAGUCGAGUGUACUGAAAAAGUAACAAGACCGCGUAGAG